GACGCAUGUGAUGCAUACCAUCACAUCACUAACCCAUCAACAAACUCAGCUUAGAUAGAAAAUCAUCUGGUGGGAUGCAUGUAUGUAUGUUGAUUGCUGACUCAUCGCCUUGCUAUCUCCGACUUUAUUCUCCGUCUUCAUCAACAUUCCAACCAUCACAUUAUGCUCACCACUCAACACGGCCAAUCUCACUAGCUACGCUUACCCAGAAGAAGAAAAAAGAAAUAAAAUAUGACGCUUACAAUUUCCCCCCCAACAAACGACUCUCGCGACCUGGCCGUCCUAAAUCUAUCCCGCCUCUUCGCCCGACUAGAACACAACCUCCUCUCUCCAUCAGCAGACCUGAAAUCUCUAAGACGAUCUGAAUACCAGCGCAUGAGAGUCGGAGCUAAUGUAGAAUACGCCCGCACCAACCUCCACGCCCUCGAACGAACACUCCCAACAAUCAAAGCUCUCGACCACCGCCACGAACUCCAAACCGAUCUUACCCGUAAGCGACAAACACUGAAGCUACUCCAGGAUAUCCUGGAUGAUAUCGCAGCCGAAGCGGAAGUGCGCAGUGCCAGAGAAGCGGAAGCUCACGUUGCCGAUGCCGAUGAUGAUGACGACGAUGACGCGGAGGAAGAUUUACUGGAUGGGGAGGAUGCGAUUAUUACGCCCGAGGGGGAUAGUACACCUGAGAGGGUGGAUUCGUCGGUGGAAGGGGGAGACUUGAAUCGUGACGAUGUUGUUGGUGAUGAUGUGGCAUCACCGCAAGACGAACAACAAUCACAACAACAACCCACACCUAUAACGACAACGACAACGACACAUGAUAAUACCCUUGUCCCUACGACAACCAUACCAGCAAUAACGACAGAAAAACCAACCCUCCGAAACCGUCACCACACCCAGCCCUCCCAAUCAUCCGCUACAGCAGCAGCAACCGCAACAGGCACCUCUCACCACGACACCCAAUCAACCGAACAAACUCUCUCCACCCACCGUCUCGAACAAGAAGACCUCACUUCCUCCCUUCUCUCGCUCGCUUCCCAGCUCAAAUCCUCCUCCCAGUCCUUCCAGUCCGCCUUGGACUCGGAGAAAUCCGUCCUCUCCCGUGCGGUCGAUGGUAUCGAUCGCACGACGACGAAUAUGGAGGCAGCUGGAAAGCGGAUGGGAUUAUUGCGACGGAUGACAGAAGGCAAGGGGUGGUGGGGGCGGAUGAUAUUGUAUGCGUGGAUUUUUGGACUCUGGCUUGUCGCGAUAUUGAUUGUCUUUUUGGGACCGAAGCUGAGGUUCUAGUUUUAUUGGUGUUAUAUUAAUAUAGGGUUGAAUACAUAGCGUGCAUGUUCAUGGAUACUUUAGGCGACAUUAACCAGUAUAAUUCCUAUUACAUCCACUAUCCACGUAGGAUAUCAAAAGUAAAAAUACAGAAAACCAGAUUUAUUUCACAGUUCCUAAACCCUGACUAUGACCCAAUGACCGACCCGGCAUGACACAUGAGAAAAGACAUGAUAAUCCGUAUCCUGUCAUUCCCUCGUGCCCAUGGCCCAAUUGUCGCUCAUUGCUCCCAACGGACGCGAGACCAAGGAGAAGGAUUGCGCGACGUAUAGUUACACAGGACUGAUGACGAAGGGCACC